CUCUGUUGCCCAGGCUGGAAUGCAGUGGCACAAUCUCAGUUCACUGCAACCUCUGCCUCCCAGGUUUAAGUGAUUCUUCUGCCUCAGCCUCCUGAGUAGCUAGGAUUACAGGUGUGUGCCACCACAUCCUGCUAAUUUUUGUAUUUUUAUUGGAGACGAGGUUUUACCCUGUUGGCCAGGCUGGUCUUAAACUCCUGACCUCAGGUGAUCUGCCCUCCUCGGCCUCUCAAAGUGCUGAGAUUACAGGUGUGAGCCACCGUGCCCAGCCGAUUUUGUUUUGUUUCAUUUUUGCUUUUUUAGACAGAGUCUUGCUCUGUUGCCCAGGAUGGAGUGCAGUGGCACAAUCUCAGCUCACUGCAACCUCCACAUCUCAUGUUCAAGGAAUUCUCCUGCCUCAGCCUCUGAUUACAGACACAUGCCACCAUAUCUGGCAAAUUUUAUAUUUUUAGUAGGGACAGGGUUUCACCAUGUUGGCCAGGCUCGUCUUGAACUCCUGACCUCAGGUGAUCUUCCCACCUCAGCCUCCCAAAGUGCUGGGAUUACAAGCAUGAGCCACCACUCCCAGGCUGUUGAUGCUUUUGAAUGUGUUUUGUAUUGCAUUGAAUGAAUUAUUCAGUCCCAGAAUUUUUGUUCAAUUCUCUUUCUAUAAUAUCUAUCUCUUUGAUAGAUGUAAUUUCUCAUUUAUAUCCUGAAUUCUUUUUCUGAUUUCUUUGUAUUGUGUUUUUGAAUUUUCUCUUAUUUCAGUGAGCUUUUUUGGUAUUAUGUUUUUUGUAUGUUUGUUUGUUUGUUUUUGAGAUGGAGUCUCACUCUCCCCCAGGCUGGAGUGCAGUGGUGUGAUCUCAGCUCACUGUAACUUCGUCAUCCGUGGUUCAAGCAAUUCUCCUGCCGCAGCCUCCCGAGUAGCUGGGAUCAUAGGCACGCGCCACCACACCCAGCUAAUUUUUGUAUUUUUAGUAAAGACAGGGCUUCAUCAUGUUGGCCAGGGUGAUCUCAAUCCCCUGACCUCGUGAUCUGCCUGCCUCAGCCUCCUGAAGUGCUGGGAUUGAUUAUAGGUGUGAGCCACUGUGCCCAGCCUGGUAUCAAAAUUUUUAAUUCUUUUUCUGGAAUUUUUAAAAUUGGUUUUUUAUUGUAAUAUGUUGCUAGAGAAUUAUAGUGUUCUUUUGAAAGUGUACUAUUUCCCUUCUUUUUCAUGUUUCCUGUGUCCUUAUAUUGAUGCUGUACAUCUGAUGCAGUAGCCACUACUUCCAAUUUUUUGAAUUUACUUCUAUAAGGAGGACUUUUUCUUGUGGAUAUAACUAUGUUGGUGGCUGGGUAGGGUGCUUGGCUUUGAUUCUGGGUUUGUACAGUAGUGUAGUCUGUGUAUGACUUAUUUGGCUAUAAGCAUUGUCAAUAGUGUCUGUGAUUUCCUCAGUGGUUUGGGGUGCAAUUAGUAGUUCAGGCUGUGAUAAAGUUUUGUGGGAGACUGGAACACUAAGUAAGCCAGCUUUUGGGCCUCGUUGGUGUAGCAGUGGGUUGAACAUGCCUUUACCUGGGCCCAAGGUGGUAUACGCUGGCACCAUUGUUAGCAGGUCUCGGUGGGCUGAUUCUUGGGCCUGCAGAUGGCUUACUCAAAUGCUGAUGGUAGCAAUGGUGGGCCAGGUGGGUGGGCAGGUUUUUGGGCCUCUGUUCAGCCAGCAUGAUGUGGGUGAUGUGACUGGCAGAUGCCUAAAAUAUAUAUAGAUUACUUAUAAAACCUAAUACAGUGCCAGGCACUGUGGCUCAUGCCUAUAAUCCCAGAACUUUGGGAGGACGAGGUGGGCGGAUCACAAGAUCAGGACUUCAGGACCAGUUUGGCCAAUAUGGUGAAACCCUGUCUCUACUAAAAAUACAAAAGUUAGUCAGCUGUAGUGGCAUGUACCUGUAGUACCAGCUACUCAGGAGGCUGAGGCAGAAGAAUUGCUUGAACCCAGGAGGCAAAGGUUGCAGUGAGCUGAGAUCGCACCACUGCACUCUAUCCAGCCUGGGCAACAGAGUGAGACUCUGUCUCAAAAAAAAAAAAAAAUGAAUACAAUGUAAAUACUGUGUAAAUAAUUGUAAUAUUAUAUUGUUGAGGGAAUAAUGACAAGGAAAUAGUCUAAGUCUCUAUAUGUUCAGUACAAAUGCACUUUUUUUCCUUGAAUAUUUUCAAUCUGUGAGUGGUUGAAUCCACAGAUAUGGAGGUCUGACUGUACACUAAACAAGUUGGAAAUAUAAUAGUAACAAAUACAAGUGGUUUUUUUUUAAACUGACUUUUACAUUUGUGGGAAGGAAAAUAUUAUAAAAGCUUUUUAGUUGAUUUAAUAGGAAAAGAAUGUGACAUUACUGGUUGUUAAAACAUUUAAUCUUCUUCAAGUUAGUAGAGUUUCACCAUAGUUCUGAUAAUGUUUUUAAAUCUACAGAAUUAUUCUGAGAUGUUACAGAAAACAAAUGGGCAAGAAUAUAAAUAUUAUUAGUUUUAGCGUAAAUGUAGGCUUCCCAGAUGCCACUGACUUAAUGGUAGAAACUUAGGCUAAUGAAAUCAAAGAAUACACAUUGCAAUAUUCAGAAUGUAGGCUACCAUAUAUAAAAAAAUCUUUAUAUAUUAUAAUACAGGACUCUAAAAUAAGGUAUACUGCAGCACUACAUCAGUGCUAUUAGGCUAGGGAUUUAAAAAUCAGAAAUAAAUAGAUUUAUUAUGUCCUUUCAAAUGGAUAAAGAACUUUACAUAAAAGGUUUUCAUUGUAUAAAAAUUUAAAGCACAUAUUUUUAUGUAGUAAAACAUAACUGAAUUUCAAUAAGCAGGACAAUAAACUGGAAAAAUAUUUGCAUGAAAAUAUAACAAAUUUACUGUGGAUACUAUAUAAACAAUUUCAUAAGAAAAACAUGAAGCCUGUGAAUGGGAAGUUUAUUGAAAGAUAAUAGUAGAUAAGAAAGAAAGUGAAAGUGAGUUUAUUUUUAAUUAAUUGAAUUAAAUUGUUUACUUCUUUCUCUGUCAAAGAAAAACAUGAGCUUAAUUUUAAAUGAUUUAGUCUAAUUAAUGUAUGCUGGUUGGUUUCAGACCACCUUUUCUUUGAUACUCUGCAUUUUUACUAUGAUAUGUCUACAUGAGGAUUUUCUUUUUACCUAUCUGCUUAGAAUUCAUUGAUCUUCCUGAAUUUGAGGACUAGUGUUUUUCAUAAAUUCUGGAAAAUUAUUUGAUGUUAUUAAUUCAUAUAUUGCCUCAAUCUCAAUCUUUCAGUUUUCUCUUUCUGCAAUUCCAUUUAUACAUGUAGUAGGUCUUCUCACUCUGUCUUCCAUGUCUUUUAACCUCUCAUACUUGUGCUUGUUUUUGUGUUUUUCAUCCUAUGUUAUGUGUGUUUUCAGAUAUAUCUCCUAGUCCACAAAUUUUCUCUCUUCAGCUAUGUUUUUUCAGCUAUUCAACUCUUCACUGAAUUUGACUUUAAUGAUUCUAUUUAUACUUUCUAGAACUUGUGGUGGUGGUGGUGGUGGUUAUUGUUGUUGUUGUUGUUGUUGAGAUGGAGUCUCUGUCGCCAGGCUGGAGUGCAGAGGCAGGAUCUCGGUUCACUGCAACCUCUGCCUCCCAGGUUCAAGCGAUUCUCCUGCCUCAGCCUCCCAAGUAGCUGGGAUUACAGGUACCUGCUACCACCCCCGACUAAAUUUUUGUAUUUUUAGUGGAGGUGGGGUUUCACCAUGUUAGCCAGGAUAGUCUCAAUCUCCUGACCUCAUGAUCUGUCCAUCUCGGCCUCCCAAAGUGCUGGGAUUACAGGUGUGAGCCUAUACCACGCCCAACCUUGUUCUUAUUUAAGUUAUAGGCCUCUUAUUCAAUUUUUUUAUUCCUUCUCUCUCAUUCUCUUUAUAUAAUGAACACACAUUUUUUUUUUUUUUUUUGCAGUAUCUGAAGGUUCGAGUGUCAGGUUCUAUUAGUUGUUGUUCCACUGAUUCUUACUACAAUACUUUUUUUUUUACAUAUUACAAAAUCUUUUUAUUGAGUGCUAAUAUAUUUUUAGAAUUCAUUCAUUUAUGUUGCUAUAAAGGAAUACCUGAAGUUGGAUAAUUUAUAAAGAAAAGAGAUUAAUUUGGCUCAUAGUUAUACAGGCUGUACAAGAAACGUGGUGCUGUUAUCUACUUCUGAUAGGGCCUCAGGAAGUUUGCACUCAUGGUGAAAGGUGAAGAGAAGCAGACAGUGAGAGAAAGUGAGAGAGGGAGAGGCUACCAGGCUCUCUUUAUCAGUUCUCACAGGAACUGAUAGAGAACUCAUUUAUUACAGUGACAGUGGCACCACUGUUCAUGAGGGAUCCACCACCAUGACCCAAACACCUCCCAGGCCCUACCUCCAAUACAGGAUUAAAUUUCAACUUGAGAUUUAGAGGGGAUAAAUAAACUCUAUUAUCACCUUUCAGAGUUCUGAGAAAUAUGGCUUGAGGACACCUUCCUUCAGAGAGGACUUAACCUUUGGUUCUAACAGGUGCAAUAGAGUACUACAGAUCACUGAUGAUUUUAAUUAAAAGUACUCCCAGAUACCUGAGCUUAUUAAUUAGUUUUAUUAUUAAUAAGCCUUCUUACCUGCUUGGAUCUGAGACAGACAAGCUUCUUUGUGGUCAUCCUGUGUUUAUUCGUAGAUUUGUUUAUUUCUAUCCUUUAAAUAAGUGGAAAUGCCUAGCUUUGUGUGCAAGAGUACUAGUUCUACCCUUGUGAUUAUUAAAAUCUGCAUUUCUAGGUUACUGAGACCAGUAACUCAGAGUGUUCAAAUAAUAAUCCCAAUGCUUAUUGCUCUGGUUUUCAGUCCCCCUCCUCAUUUUUCAAACCAUGCAUAAUUCCCUUGAUUUCUUUUUUUUUUUUUGAUGGAGUUUCGCUCUUGUUACCCAGGCUGGAGUGCAAUGGCGCAAUCUCGGCUCACCGCAACCUCCGCCUCCUGGGUUCAGGCAAUUCUUCUGCCUCAGCCUCCCGAGUAGCUGGGAUUACAGGCACGCGCCACCAUGCCCAGCGAAUUUUUUGUAUUUUUAGUAGAGAUGGGGUUUCACCAUGUUGACCAGGAUGGUCUUGAUCUCGUGAUCCACCUGUCUCGGCCUCCUAAAGUGCUGGGAUUACAGGCUUGAGGCACCGCGCCCGGCCAAUUCCCUUGAUUUCUAGUGAGCUAAACAUAUGUAUUAAAGGGUUUUUUUUUUUAAGGUUUAAUUUCUAUAUGGAAUUUCAUUUUUGCAUUUAAGUCUAUAUUCAUAUAUAGGUUAAUUCUGUUCUUUACAGGCAUGUUAAUACCUUUUUGUUUGUUUGUUGUAUUAUAUUUUAAGUUCUGGGGUACAUGUGCAGAUCUUGCAGGAUUGUUAUAGAGGUAUACACAUGCCAUGGUGGUUUGCUGCCUCUAUCCCCCCUUUACCUACAUUAGGUAUUUCUCCUAUGUUAUCCCUCCCCAAUCUCCCCACCCCCUGCUCUCCCUCCCCUAGCUCCCUACCCCUUAACAGACCCUAGUGUGUGAUGUUCCGCUUCUUGUGUCCGUGUGUUCUCAUUGUUCAACACCCACUUAUGAUUGGGAAGUUACAAUGUUUGGUUUUCUGUUCUUGUGUAAGUUUGCUGAGAAUGAUGGUUUUCAGAUUCAUCCAAGUCCCUGCAAAGGACAUGAACUCAUCCUUUUUAUGGCUACAUAGUAUUCCAUGGUAUAUAUGUACCACAUUUUCUUUAUCCAGGCUGUCGUCGAUGGGCAUUUGGGUUGGUUCCAAGUCUUUGCUAUUGUAAACAGUGCUGCAAUGAACAUGUGUGUGCAUGUGUCUUUAUAAUAGAAUGAUUUAUAAUCCUUUAGGUAUAUACCCAGUAAUGGGAUUGCUGGGUCAAAGGGUAUUUCUAUUUCUAGAUCCUUGAGGAAUCACCACAGUGUCUUCCACAAUGGUUGGACUAAUUUACACUCCCACCAACAGUGUAAAAGUGUUCCUAUUUCUCCACAUCCUCUCCAGCAUCUGUUGUCUCCAGAUUUUUUAAUAAUCACCAUUCUAACUGGCAUGAAUGGUAUCUCAAUGUGGUUUUGAUUUGCAUUUCUCUAAUGACCAGUGAUGAUGAGCAUUUUUUCAGAUGUUUGUUGGCCUCAUAUAUGUCUUCUUUUGUAAAGUGUCUGUUCAUAUCCUUCACCUACUUUUUGAUAUGGUUGUUUGUGUUUUUUUCUUGUAAAUUUGUUUUAGUUCUUUAUAGAUUCUGGAUAUUAGCCCUUUGUCAGAUGGGUAGAUUGCAAAAAUUUUUUCCCAUUCUGUUGGUUGUGGGUUCACUCUAAUGAUUAUUUCUUUUGCUGUGCAGAAGUUCUUAAGUUUAAUUAGAUCUUAUUUGUCAAUUUUGACUUUUGUUGCUAUUGCUUUUGGUGUUUUUGUCAUGAAGUCCUUGCCUAUGCCUACAUCCUGAAUGGUGUUGCCUAGAUUUUCUUCUAUGGUUUUUACAGUGUUUGGUUUUACGUUUAAAUUUUUAAUAUAUCUGGAGUUAAUUUUUGUAGAAGAUGUAAGUAAGGGGUUCAGUUUCAGCUUUCUGCACAUGGCUAGCCAGUUUCCCAACACCAUUUAUUAAACAGGGAAUCCUUUCCCCAUUGCUUAUUUUUGUCUGGUUUGUCAAAGAUCAGAUAGUUGUAGAUGUGUAGCAUUACUUCCAAGGCCUCUGUUCUGUUCCAUUGGUUUAUAUCUCUGUUUUGGUAUCAGUACCAUGCUGUUUUGAUUACUAUAGCCUUGCAGUCUAUUUUGAAGUCAGGUAGUGUGAUGCCUCUAGCUUUGUUCUUUUUGCUUAGGAUUGUCUUGGCUAUGCAGGCUCUUUUUUGGUUCCAUAUGAAAUUUAAGAUGGUUUUUUUUCCAGUUCUGUGAAGAAGGUCAAUGGUAGCUUUAUGAGGACAGCAUUGAAUAUAUAAAUUACUCUGGGCAGUAUGGCCAUUUUCACAAUAUUGAUUCUUCCUAACCAUGAGCAUGGAAUGUUUUUCCAUCUGGUUGUGUCCUCUCUUAUUUCCUUGAGCAGUGGUUUGUAGUUCUUUCUGAAGAGGUCUUUCACAUCCUUUGUUAGUUUUAUUCCUAGGUAUUUUAUUCUCUUUGUAGCAGUUGUGAAUGGGAGUUCACUCAUAAUUUGGCUCUCUGUUAUUGGUGUAUGGGAAUGCUUGUGAUAUUUGCACAUUGAUUUUGUAUUCUGAGACUUUGCUGAAGUUGCUUAUCAUCUUAAGGAGAUUUUGGGCUGAGACGAUAGGAUUUUCUAAAUGUACAAUGAUGUCAUCUGCAAAUAGAGACUAUUUGACUUCCUCUUUUCCUAAUUGAAUACCCUUUAUUUCUUUCUCUUUCAUGAUUGCUCUGGCUAGAACUUUCAAUACUAUGUUGAAUAUGAGUUGUGAGAGACGGCACCCUUGUCUAGUGCCAGAUUUCAAAGGGAAUGUUUCCAGUUUUUGCCCAUUCAGUAUGUUAUUGGCUAUGGGUUUGUUGUAAAUAGCUUUUAUUAUUUUGAGAUACAUUCCAUCAAUACCUAGUUUGUUGAGAGUUUUUAGUAUAAAGGGCUGCUGAAUUUUGUUGAAGGCCUUCUCUGCAUUUAUUGAGAUAAUCAUGUGGUUUUUGUCUUUGGUUCUGUUUAUGUGACGGAUUACGUUUAUAAGUUUGCGUAUGUUGAACCAGCCUUGUCCCCGUGAUGAAGCAUACUUGAUCACAUCAAGCAUACUUGAUGGAUAAGCUUUUUGAUGUGCUGUUGCAUUCGGUUUGAAGAUUUUUGCAUGGAUGUUCAUCAUGGAUAUUGGCCUGAAAUUUUCUUUUUUAGUUGUGUUUCUGCCAGAUUUUGGUAUCAGGAUGAUGUUGGUGUCAUAAAAUGAGUUAGGGAGUGUUCCCUCUUUUUGUAUUGUUUGGAAUAAUUUCAGAAGGAAUGGUAUCAGCUCCUCUUUGUACAUCUGGUAGAACUCAGCUGUGAACCCAUCUUGACCUGGACCUUUUUUUAAAGGUGUUUUUAAAAAUGUACUGUUAUUCAGCACUUCUAUGUGUUGGGUCGCAAGAGAGUUUCAGGUUAUCUGGUAUGCUGCCUUACUAGAAAUGGAAACCCAAUUUGUUUUUCAUAUUUAAUUAAUAUCAUUUGUAAAGUUGGAUUGUGAAAUAGACAUUUGGCUGAAGACUGGAUUUCUGCCAAGGCAAAUGUACUCCAUUUCUGUGAAAUUUUGGCCAAGCCACAUUUUUGUUAUGAAAUAACAUGUUUGAUUCUGAGAUUUUUACUUGGUACUUAGACAGAAUAGCAACAUCACCUGCUGAUAUUAUGGACACUUUAUGAUUUUGUUUAGGGUACACUGUUGUUUAGUGUGUUUUGAAAAAGAAUAAAAGUUUCUAUGAUUUGAAAGAGAUCUUACAAAGAUUGGGGUAAUCUACAUUAGAUUUCUAAUCUUUUCAUUAAAAAUACACGUGAUCUUUCAUAUGAAAAGAGUAAGAUUCUAAGUUUAAAGAGUAUAUACAAGUGUAAUUAGAUUUCUCCUUUUCUUUCUAAAUUGCAAUAUAUUUAAAGAUAGGGAUAUAGUCUUUCUAUUCAUAAGUAGUGGUGUAGCAGAUUAUAAACGGCACAUAGAACAUUAGCUCUCAGAUUAAAUGUAAUCUUUUGAUAGAUACCUUUCAGGAUCACUUAGACUAAAAUAAGGUAGGUUCUCUGGUAAUGUCCCUCAUAGAAUUUCUAAGUAUGUAUGCAUGUCUUUGUUAACUCACUAAUUCCUUAUCUUUUCAGCUAGGUUAUAAUGAAGGAAAAUAAUCAAUUCAGUUUCAAACAUUUAGUGACCAGAAUUAGGAUAUGAGAAUUUUGUCAUUUUUAGUUUUUUAAAACUAUUAUGUUUCUCACUUUCAUAGCAUAUAUUUAAUUUAAGCAAUGCCCCAAAAACAAAAACUAAUCUUGCUUUUGAAAUCUGUGUAUCCAUGGAAACAGUGGAAAAACUUGCUUUAUCUCUUUUGUUAGACUGAGAUCUUAUUUUGUCAGUAAUAGAUUCUGUAAAUAGCAAGGAUAUGAAUAGUAGUAGCUGUGGAGGUGACAGCAAUCAUAAUAAGAGAAGCAAAUUUCUAUUUAGUAGUUUCUUGGGCCAAGUACUCUGUUAAGUAUGCUAAAUAAUUUCCAUAGAAUCUUAGUUCUUUCUUACAGCAACCUACUAUUCUUUUCAUUUCUAUAUAAGUAAAAUGAGGCUCAGAUUGGUUAACUUAGUUUUCCAAUGCUCUACUGCUAGUAAUAGGUAAAACAGAGCUUCGAACACACAGUGGAGUUUCAUUGAUUAAAUUUUGUUAGAUAUUUGCAUGAUGUAAGUAUAUAUUUUCAAAAUAUGUGUAUAAAUUACAGUAUAUUUUGGCACUUUUUAAAAUAUGGUAAAUCUACAUCUCUGCUAUAGCUGAUGAUACCAUAAGUCUAAAAAUUGUGCAAAACAUCUAUAAUUUUAAUAUAUAUAAUGGGCUUUUAUUUCAGCUAUUUUAUGAUUUUGUCAAUAGCUGAGCUAUUUCACUACAAACAGAUUGGGUAUCUUUGUGAUUAAAGCAGCAGACUAAAAACCAUGAAGGGUAUACUGUUUGUUUUUCAGUCAGUUCCUUGUGUUAUGAAUUCUUACCAGAUGUUGGGAAAUAGCAGGCUUAAACUAACUGCAAGUGCUACAUCAAAGGUCCAAGAAACAAUGAUCUGUAAUGGGCAUGUGUUUAACCAUCAGCUUCUUUAACAAGGCCUGCAAGCAAAUUCAUUUACCGUCAUAUUUAAGAAACUUAAACAUAUUCCGCUUAUGUAGAUUUAAGAUUUCUUCAACAGCAUGUCAAAUACUCAGGUCUUGAUAAUCUUUAUCAAUUUUUUAAAUUUGAAUAUUAGAGAAGAUGUGUGCUUGACUUCAUCACCCUUACAUUAAAAUAAUAUUUCUCAUGACAUAAGAAAAAAUAAUAGAUAUAACUAAAAAUUUUCCUAAGGCACAUUCCUAGAAACUGAAGAAAAUGAAAAGAGCAUCUGGGAAAAAAUGAAAACUGACUGACAGUUAUGCAAGAUACUUGAUAUUGCCAUUUUAAAUCCUCAAUCUCGUGUUCAAAAGUUGCGCAGUUAAAAAAAAAUUGCAGGAUUUUAAAACACUAUUUUAAUCAAGUAAUAUGAAUAGUCUAAUAAAAAUUGUAAAUAUAUUGGCAUUGUAGUAAUAAAAAGUUUCUUAUGUCAUUAUUUAUAGUAUCUCCUGUUGUACAGAAUAUAUUCAGCUUAAAUCCUUCUACUGGAUAUUUAUUUAAAGAAAAAGAAAUUGUUAUAUCAAAGGGAUAUCUAUACCUUCUUGUUUAUUGCAGUACUAGUCACAAUAGCCAUGCUAUGGAUUCAACUUAGGAGUCCAUCAAUGAAUGAAUGGAAAAAAGAAACUCUGGUAUAAAUAAAUACACAAUGAAAUAUUACUUGGCCAUAAAAGGAUAAAAUCCUAUCAUUUGCAGCAACAUGAAUGGAACAAGAGGUCAUUGCGUUAAGUGAAAUAAGCCAGGCACGGAAAGACAAAUAUUGUAUUCUCAAUCAUGUAGGAGCUGAAAAACUUAAUCUCAUGGAGAUAGAAUGUAGAAUGAUAGAUACCAGAGGCAUCUGGGUUUGUGUGCUGUGGGGGAUGAAAAGAGAUUGGAUAAUGAGUACAAACAAAUAGAAUAAGUUUCAAUGCUCAAUAGCAGAGGAGGGUAACUAUAGUUAACAAUAAUGGAUUAUGUAUUUCAAAAUAGCUAGAAGGGAAGUCUCAAAAUGUACGCAACACAUAGAAGUGUUAGGUACUCAAGGUGAUAGAUAUCCUUAAUAUCCUGACUUUACCAUUACAUAUUCUAUGCAUGUAACAAAAUACCACAUGUACAUAAGAUGUACAAAUAUUAUAAAUCAAUAAAAAUUGUAAAUAAAUAAAAUAUUUAAUUUAAAGGUAAGAUAUGAGUCUAAAAUUACUUUUCACUUAGUAGAUGUUUAGCAGGUUAAGUGAAACUGCAUAAAGAAUUAAGAGAUCCCCAGUCCCAAGUUCGCGGAGCUGUGAGGUCUCUGCUGUUUCCUCUUGACAUCAAGCAACAACCCUGUCAUCAGAAUCAAGCAAAAAAUGGAAGCCCACAGUGAUCCAAAGCAAUGAAGCCCCAGCUGAGGGAAAGCGGAAUUGAUCUGACACCGAGGAGGAAGGUAAAUACUACAGUGAGGAGGCUGAGGUGGAUCUGCAGGACCCUGGCAGAGACUAUGAGUUAUACAAGACAUCAGGAGCUACAGAGGCUGAUAGCUGAGAUCUAAGACAUGAAGAGUGGGGGUGGCAAGGAUGUGGCAAUUGAAAUAGAAGAACAGAGGAUCCAGAGCUGUGUGCAUUUCAUGACUUUGAGAAAGCUUAACCGAUUAGCCCACAUCAGGUUGAAGAAAGGAAGAGAUCAGACCCAUGAGGCUAAGCAGAAAGUAAAUGUCUAUCACCUGCAGUUCCAGAACCUGUUGUAUGAGGUGAUGCACCUACAGAAGGAGAUCACCAAAUGUUUGGAGUUUAAGUCAAAGCAUGAAGAAAUUUAUCGGGUAAGUUUAGAGGAGUUUUAUAAGGAGGCUCCACAAGAUAUCAGCAAGGCUGAAGUCACCGUGGGAGACCCUCACCAGCAAACACUUGCACGUCUGGACUGGGAGCUGGAGCAGUGUGAAAGGCUGUCAGAGGAGUACCGUGAAUGCCUAUCCAACAAGGAGAAGAUCCUCAAGGAAAUUGAGGUGAAGAAGGAGUACCUGAGCAGUCUCCAGCUGUGCCUCAACAGCAUCAUGCAGGCUUCCCUUCCAGUGCAGGAGGACCUGUUUAUGCCAUUUGACCAGGCUCACAAGCAGUAUGAGACAGCCAGGUACCUGCCGCCUCCCUUCUAUGUCCUUUCUGUUCAGGCCACUGCAUAUGGGCAGGUCUGUGAUAAGACAUUAUCUGUGGCAAUUGAAGGAAGAGUGGACAAAGCCAAGGCUCUGUUUAAGCCUCCAGAGGACUCCCAAGAUGACGAGAGUGACUCGGAUGCUGAGGAGGAGCAGACCACGAAACACUGGAGACCCACGCUGGGGAUUCAGCUGGAUGACAAACACAAGGAGAUGCAGACGAGUCACCCACCAUCCGUCAUGCUUGACCUGAAGUGCAAAGAUGACAGUGUGCUUCACCUGACUUUCUUCUACCUCAUGAACCUCAAUAUCAUGACAGUAAAAGCCAAAGUGACAACUGCCAUGGAGCUGAUCAUCCCCAUCAGUGCAGGUGACUUGCUGUCUCCUGACUUAGUCCUGAGUUGCUUGUAUCCUGGGGAUCAUGGAAAAAAACCUCCAAAUCCAGCCAAUCAGUGUCAGUUUGAUAAAGUUGGCAUCCUGACUUUGAGCAACUAUGUACUUGAGUUAGGUCACUCCUAUUUAUGGGUACAGAAGCUGGAUGGCCUCCACUUUCCCAAAGAGCAGUGCCAGCAAACAGUGAUUUCUGGCCACUCACUGAGUGCCAGCCACAUGGAGACCACCAUGAAACUUCAGAAGAACAGGGUGCAGUCCCACCUGGCCCUCCACAAACAGUUUUUAUCCCUAGAACAUGGCAUUGUGCCAGUUACCAGUGAUUGCCAGUACCUCUUCCCUGCCAAGGUUGUCUCUCGCCUGGUGAAGUGGAUGACAGUUUCUCAUGAGGAUUACAUGGAGCUGCAUUUCACUAAAGACAUUGUGGAUAUGGGGCUGGCUGGGGGCACCAAUCUCUACUACAUGGCAGUCAUCAAAAGGAGCAGAGCCACACUGCAGGCUGCUGUGGUGUUGUACCCUGGCUACUUCUCCAUCCCACAUAUUUUUCAGCUCUGUUUGAACUGGAAAGGGGAGAAAACAAACAGCAGAGACAACAUUCAGGCCAUGGAGAGCGAAGUCAAUGUUUGCUGCAAGGAGCUGUGUGGCCCUUGGCCCAGCCACCAGCUGUUGACUAACCAUCUGCAGCAGCUGUGUGUGCUGCUGGAUGUUUAUCUGGAGACCGAGAACCAUGACGACAGUGUGGAAGGACCGAAGGAACUGCCCCAGGAGAAGAUGUGUCUGCAGCUCUUCAGGGAUCCUGGCAGGAUGAAGCCGUUUAAAUACAACCAUCCUCAGGGAUUCUUCAGCCAUCGCUGACUUCCCACCCAGCCAUUGUUUCAGUGAGGCCUCACCCUGAGUACUGGGCUUCUGCUUGCUGCUCUGGCCCACAUGUGACUCUUGAUAAAGUUCUCCAAAGACACCAUCUGAUUAAAAAGUGUCACCUGAAAAAAAAAAAAGAAUUAAGAUUUCAGUAUCAUGUUGAAAUUCUAUUAUUGACUUGGAUAACUUGGAAAAAUCUCUUGCUAUUUCUAUACUUCAGCUUUUUUGUGUCUAGGAUGAAAGUCAACAUUUAGCAUCUCACUACUUAGAUGUGAAUGAAAAUAAUUUAAGGAAAUAAUUUUAAUUCAUAAUGUGCUUUAAAAGGCUAAAUCCAAAGGAAUUAAAAUAAAAUGAUCUGCGUGGCAUAAUGUUUUACACUCAUAAUUUUAGAAAUACUAUCUUUUGCUUUACUUAGAAUAUUUUUCUGUGAUGAUGAAACUGAGGCAAAGAAGAAGAACUAAUUGCCUUUUCAUGGGCCAAAUAAUGAUGUUGAAUCUGUGUCUUUUGGUAAACACAUUUCUUCCCAUAACCCCCACCCAUAUGCUUUGUCUAAUCAUUUAGAAUGCUAUAAGGUGACAUUCGUUUUAAAAGGAAGAAAAUAAUUUAUCCCUGGCAUUAGAGUAGAUAUCUUUAGUGUAAUAAUUAGUAUCACUUUAUCAUUAAUUUUCACAGUUUUAAUUCUUUAAAUUGCUAAUGUAAUUUAAAAGUCAUGAGUUGGCUGUAGCAUAUUUUGAAUAUAAAAUAAAUACCUUCUAAGCACCUGUUAGUCAGCACUGUCCUGGGUUACAGAUAGAGAAGAAAAAAAAGGCACCUGGUUGUCUGCCUACCUAUUAAUCCCAAAUCUUUGCGUCAGUUUUGCAUAUUACAUAUAUUGAAUACAGACACAAUUUAUAGAUGUGAAAACUGAGGAUCCAUGAAGUUGACAACUUUCCCCAAAGCUAUACUGAAGUGCCACUUUCUCCAUGAAGGCUUACAAGAUGAAGAAGAUUAGUAGACAGAAAUAGGGGAAAAACAACAUUUUAAGUAGCAAAAAUGGCAUGAACAAAGGAGUAGGUGUACUGAAGCUCAGUUUGCCAAGGUAAUUGUGACUAGUGUGUUUUGACUGAAAUUUAAGGUAACUAUAGAGGAUAUGUGGGAGAUUAAGUUGGGUCGUGAUAGAGACUUAAUUACCUAGGAAAGAAAUUAGUACAUAAUUCAGUAGGAUUUAGGGAGCUAUGAGUGAUCAGGGGAGUAGAACUGUAGGAUUUGGCAUAUAUGUUAUAAAAUGAAUGGAAGAAAGGUCAGACCAGAGGCAUAUAGACCAAGUAGAAGAUCUUGCAAUGGUGAAGUCCUGAUGGCCCAAACUAGAUUGCUGUCACUAACCACAGAAAGGAAGAGACUUUAUAAAGGAAAAAUGAAAGAUGUAGUAAUUAAAAGAGUGAUACUAGAAGGUGGGAUCAGAAAUAGAAGAGAGGAAUUAGUUGGUGUUUGUUGAGGAGCCUGCUUGCAUUAUCAAUCUGACUUUUAAAAUGGUAAACUUGAUACAUUUGUGGUGUGUCUAGUGAAAUUACUCAUCUGACAGUUAGAAACAUUAAUUUAAUCUUGAGAAUGAAAGUGUAAAGAGCAUAGACUAAUAAUCUUGAUUUUAUAUGUUGGCUGCAUUAAGACAGAGGGAAUUGAAGUCCUAAGUGUAGAUGAAAUUUAUAGAGAGGAAAGAAGGUUGAGUAGCAUCUAAUUUUGAAGAGAAAAAGGUAGAAAAGUAGAACCAAUGGAAUCAGGGAAAGAAUAUCAAAGAGGAUAAGAUCAUAAGUGUCCUAAGAUCUCAUGACAACACUAUGUCUGAGAUAGCGGAGGGGCAAAGAUGGGUAAGAUGUUCAACAAAGUUGGAUUCUUUUCAGGGUCUAAGUUACAAUCUAAUAGGAAGCCAUUGAAAUUUGUGAUUAAGAGGUCAUAAGUUACUUUUGAGAGAGCCAUUUAAGGAGUCUGUGGAUUGCUAGUAAGGUAUUAAAAUGGGUGGCUAGUGGGUUAAAUGAAGACACUAACAGCAGUUGAGAAAUUGGUUGCAAAAGAAAAAAAAAAAAGAAAGCCCAAAGGUGUGGAAAAAUUAAAGGAAAAUAUUGUCACUUCUCAUAAAUGCUUGACAUUUAUACUUUAUCCCAGAUUCUUUUCCCAGCGCUAUCUUUUAUUACUAGUUACCUUGCCCCACUUUGAAUUAUUUUAUGCAAUAGCCAAAUACCUUCAUGUUUUAGCAUGCACCCUGUUUUCCCAUCUCGCUGUCUUGCUUUAGAUAGACUGCUUGGAUGCCUCUUCAUUCUCUCUGUAAAUAGCUAAUUCCUACUUAUCUUUCAGGGCCCAGUUCAUGUGCUUCCUCUGUGAGACCAUCCCUUAUUUGUCCUGCAGUACUCUUUUCUUCACUGAAUUUCAAACUGCUUCAGUAAUUUAUUUGUCCUGGCGGUUGCUGCUUUUUAUUAUGUACUGUUUUUAUUAUUGAUGUACAUGGCUUAUAUCCCUCCUUGGGAUUUAGGCUCAUUGAAGACUUUCUCAAGAUGUCCAUGAAAUGUCCAGAAAGAGCAUAGACCUGGAGUUCAGAUAGUCCCAUUUCUAGUUUCUAGUUCUAUCAUUUACUCACUAUGUGUCUUCAAAUGAGGUGUUUAUUUGAUCUUCAUAAACCUCAGCCUUCUUACCUAUGAAAUGUCCGUAUCACUGUUCAUUAAAAGAUUAUUAAGUGAUAGAGGAGGUAAUUGAUUUAAAGAACCUAGCAAAAUAAGGUUCCCUUUCUUUUUUCUUUUUUCUUUUUUUUUUUUUUUUUGAGACUGAGUUUUGCUCUUGUUACCCAGGCUGGAGGCCAAUGGUGCAAUCUCGGCUCACCACUACCUCCGCCUCCUGGGUUCAGGCAAUUCUCCUGCCUCAACUUCCUGAGUAGCUGGGAUUACAGGCACGCGCCACCAUGCCCAGCUAAUUUUUUUGUAUUUUUAGUAGAGACGGGGUUUCACCAUGUUAACCAGGAUGGUCUCGAUCUCUUGACCUCGUGAUCCACCCGCCUCGGCCUCCCAAAGUGCUGGGAUUACAGACGUGCGCCACCGCACCCAGCAGGUUCCCAUUCUUAAUCAUCUUGAUUUCUGUGCCAGUACCCAGAAUGUUACCAUAUAAAUAUUAGGUGUUCCAAAAUUGCUAAAUGAAUUAGUAAUUUCUUUGCCAUUACUAAAUAUAUAAAACUACUAUUAUUUCUAGGCUGCUGGUAUUUUAUUUUAUUCUAUUUUUUUAAGAAAUUCUCUUUCCAUUAGGGAGUACUUAUUGCAGAUUUACUAGAUAAAUAAUAUAUGUAAUACAGAAAUAUCUGGUGGAUAAAUGCUGAUGUCAUGCAAACUAUAUUAAAAUUCAAAUGAAAUAUAACUGUGAGGAAAACAAUUAAUGGCUUAGAGUUAGUAACAGUUUAUAAAAGCCAUUUCUUUUACCAUUUAAGCAGAGACUAGGCUUUGAGGAGGCCAAGACAAUGCUGUCUGGACACUAAUGUAAGCCCAUAGUUUGGCAGUAUAUGGUGACCAGUAUAUGGUGACAUAUACUGCCAAACUUACAAUUUUAGUUCUCAUUUAAACAUAUAUAAAUAUAUUCUGAUGCCAGUGGAUAGGAUGAUAUUCCAGAGAAUGUAAUAUUGGGAAUCCUAAAUUAGACUCUAAUCUAAAGAUUGAUUUAAAAACCUAUACUUCAUUUCAAGAGUUACUACUAACAAUUGGUGUUGCUUGAAUAGUCUCAAAGAUUUUGACAACAUUGUAAAUCUUCAAUCACUUGAAAAAUUUAGCAUAAUGAAACAAUUUUUAAUAAUCUGUAAUACCUAACCUUCUCUGUCUCACCUUGUCAUUUUUGAGUUUUUAAUUCAUCAUUGCUCAAUUU